CUUAUCUCGAGAAAGGUUGAGUGGAUGGGGUUUGUCUUGUGAAGAAGGAGGCCGAGGAUGUUUGGGCUCUUGGCGUCGAUCAACCGGCCCCAACAAGCUGCACGGUCAUCUUUUUUUUUGUCCCAUCCUUUCCCCCUCCAUUCCUUCCACAACCAUUGAAUCGCACAUUAUGGAUUUGUCAAAAUACACUCAAUGCCUUUCGCAAUGGCCCGAGCAUCUGGCUCCGGGUCUGCCGACUAUCGGCGCGCUGCUUCUGCUCGGAACCGGUGGGCUGGUCGUCGCGUGUAAGGUCUGGUCCUUCUUGCGCGUGCUUCUCAGCCUGUUUGUGCUUCCUGGCAAGCCGCUUCGCUCGUUCGGUCCUCCCGGUAGCUGGGCCGUCGUCACUGGCGCCUCGGACGGUCUCGGAAAGGAGUUUGCGCUGCAGCUGGCUCGUGCCAAGUUCAACAUUGUGCUGGUGUCACGAACGGAAUCGAAGCUAGUCGCGCUGGCGGAGGAGAUCACGAAGCAGUUCCCUAAUGUCGAGACUAAGACUUUGGCGAUGGAUUUCGCGCGCAAUGCGGACGCGGACUACCAGGCUCUGGGUGCCCUCGUCUCCGAUCUGGAUGUCUCCAUCCUCGUCAACAACGUCGGCCAGAGCCACUCGAUCCCCGUUCCAUUUGUGCAAACUUCCGCCGAGGAGAUGACCAACAUCAUCACCAUCAACUGCAACGGUACUCUGCGCGUCACCCAGCUUGUCGCUCCGGGCAUGGUGCAGCGCCGUCGCGGUCUGAUCUUGACGAUGGGUUCUUUCGGUGGUCUCCUCCCUACCCCUCUGUUGGCCACCUACUCCGGCAGCAAGGCCUUCCUCCAGCAGUGGUCCACUGCUCUCGGCUACGAGCUUGCUCCCUACAACAUCGAGGUUGAGCUCGUCCAGGCUUACCUGAUUACCUCUGCCAUGUCCAAGAUCCGCCGCGCUUCUGCUACCAUCCCCACCCCUCGCACUUUCGUGCGCGCCGUGCUGUCCAAGAUUGGACGUAGCGGUGGUACUUCUUCCUACGCCUACAGCUCGUCUCCUUACUGGAGCCACGGUAUCAUGGCUUGGUUCCUGACUUCUGUCACUUCUCCUUUCAGCAAAUUCGUCGUGUCUCAGAACGGUGCUAUGCACGAGACGAUUCGUAAGCGUGCUCUGCGCAAGGCGGAGCGGGAUGCUCAGAAGAAGAGCACUUGAAAUUGCUCGAAAGUGUGUCAAUAAUGAUUUGCUGCAAGUGGAUUACACUGGUGUCACUCCCGGUUGGAAAUGUUUUGGGAUAGAACGAGAUGUAGGACUACAAAGAAUUAGCUUACGAGCUUGAUGAUUGGGAUGAGAAAGAGCUGAAUAUAAUACUUUAUGAUUACUUCGCUGGUGAAUAGAAGCAACCAACUGAGAGUAGACCCUUGAUCUGG